AUGGACCAGUCGAAGCGCGGUCCAAGGGCGGGCGACGCGGAGGUCGUGGAUACGGCGAGCAUUCCGGCGGGCAUUGCCUCGGGUGCCGCGGAAAGAAACUCAGAGAAGGGCGGGAUGGCGGAGAGGGAUGCGGAGGGUGGCGAGCGGGCGGAGAAGGCGGAGAGGGCCGCGGAGAAGGGGGCGGAGGCGGCGGGAGGGGGGAUCGGCGCAGCGGACGAGCUGAGGGCGCGCGUGGGCCGUCGGAUGGCGAAGAAGAUCAAGAAGGUGGUGGCGGCGGGCAAGGGCGACGCGAAGCACUACUACGACGUGUACGGCGCGCAGGUAGGCGCGCGGUGGGGGGGGGGAGGAGGGGGCGGGGGGGCGGGGGAAGAGAGAGUGGGGGGGAGGGACAGGGGGUGGAGGGGAGGAGGUGUUGAGGCCCGCAGAGCAGAACGAAAUGCGCAUGCCAACCGUCUCCUUUCCCUCGCCCAUUUCCCCCUUUCCCUUUCCCCCAAUCACUCCCCGCCCCUUCUCCCCCUUCCCCCCGUGCUCCCCCCUCUUUCCUCUCCCACCCCCUCCUCUCCUCCCCUUCCCCCUCAGGCGCGUGCAGAGCUGGAGCUGCGCCCGCCUGUGUCUAAGGGCGCAGAGCAGCGCGCCAAGCCUCUCAGCUUCACUGAUGUGCAGGAUUUGAUUCUCUGGGUGCUCACAGGGGAGGUCAACCCGCAGUGGGUAUUCAUCAAGAACAAGCCGCUGGUAUCAAGGGUGGUGGUGCUGCUGGUGCCAGGAAUCGAUGCCCAUACCUUCCACUCCCACCCAGAACUCUUCCCGAACCUGCACCGCUGCUUCGGCGGCAAAUCUCUGCCGUUGAAGGCUGUGAGCCCAGCAGCAACGGUAUCAGACACCAUGAAGGCCAUGUUUGCACGACCCGUUGCUCUCAAGUCCAAGCCCCCUCUCCCUCCCGAGCACUACCUGCUGACGUGGCGCCAGCUGAAAGAAAACAAUUUUCCGCUGCCCGUGGUGGCGGGCAACAAGGGGCGAGACGGGCAGGAUGGGAAAGAGGCUGCCCGGAAAGCAGGUGGCAGCAUCUCACUUGCUGAUGGCUCGGCUGUUCCUCCUCCAGGUCAGAUUGCAAUCUUUCCAGGGUAUGUGAUGACUCGACCAUGGGGCGGGGGGAAGAAGAGAGGGAAGCAAGCAGCGGGAGCAGGCAAGGAGCAGCGCAGGGAGUACCAUCGACUGGUGGCUGUUGACUGUGAAAUGUGCAACACCCGCAAGGGUCUGGAACUCACCCGCCUCACGCUGCUGGAUGCCCACGGCAAGGUGCUGCUAGACGAGCUGGUGAAGCCUGACAGUCCCAUCACCAACUACAAUACGCAGUUCUCCGGCAUAACGCCACAGAUGCUGGCCGGAGUGACAACCACUCUGCAGCAGGCACAGGAGCAUUUUCUCGGCAUAGUCAGCGCAGAGACCAUCCUGGUCGGCCAUUCCACAGAGAGCGAUCUGCACGCGAUCCGGGCCGUCCAUCUGCGCGUGAUCGACACGUCACUGCUCUUCCCCCACCCCCGCGGGCCGCCCUUCAAGUGCGCUCUGCGCUUCCUGGCAGUGGAUUACCUUGGGAGGACCAUACAGGCUGGCUGGUGGGGGGGACAGGGUGGGGAAGGGCGAGCAGGGAGGGGAAGGAGAGGGGGGAUGAGAGGGGGGUUGAGAGGAGGAUGGUCGUUUCACAGGGGGAGGGGUGGUGCUGCUAGUGGUGGUGCUGAUGGUGCCGCUUCUGCUGCUGCUGCUGCAGCGACAGUGGCAGCUUCGGCGGUGGCAGGUGGUGUUGGUGAUGGUGCUGCUGGUGCUGCAAGGGGUUACCGCAGGAGUAACACGUGGUGUCGUAAUGAUCAAAAUUCAGUGGCAGCAGCACCGCCCGCUACCGCAGCAGGAGGUGUGGGUGGUGAGGGAGAGGCGGCAGCAAACGGCGGGCAGCAUGAGGCUGUCCCCACUUCGGGCUGCCUUGAAGGGCGUCCAAGCUCCACCACAUGGAGAACAUUCUCACACGCCUCUCUGCCUCCGGACAGCGCUGCACCGUCGUGCUGCACCUGCAAGCUCCUUUCCUCUCCCACCACCCCUCACACGCCUCCCUCAGGCCCGCACUUCGGCCUGCCCUGGGAGGUCCUCCAAGCUGCACCACAUGGAGACCAUUCUCACGCGCCUCUCUUCCUCCUCCUAAUUUAUCACCCUCACACCCUUUCCUCACGUCCCCACCUCAUGCCCCUCCCCCAGGUCCCCACUUCGGGUUGCCUCGGAGGGCCUCCAAGCAGCACCACAUGGAGACCAUUCUCACACGCCUCUCCUCGUCCGGGCGGCACUGCACCAUCGUGCUGCACAUGCAAGCUGCCCCUCAUCCCCUCAACUCAAGCCAUCUUCUCAACUCAAUCACCUCCUUCCUUCACAAACCCCCCUUAUCCCCUCCUUCACACCACCACCCAUGCCCCUUCCUCAGGUCCCCAUUUCGGUUUACCUCGGAGGGCGUCCAAGCAGCACCACACAGAGAACAUUCUCACCCGUCUCUCUGCCUCCGGGCGGCACUGCACCGUCGUGCUGCACAUGCAAGCUGCCAGGCCGGACCUCUUUCUGGGCGGCAACUGGAAUGGCACGUCAGAGAUUCUGUGCCUCAAGCACGGGGACUUGGGCAAGGUUGUGAGCAGAGAGGUGUGCAAGCCAUCUCUCAACCUCCUAGCAGCCACCUUCCCCUCCCUCAUGGCCUCCCUCUCUGCCCGCUGCUCCUCCCUCGCCUCCAUGCCUCGACUCGCCGCUGCCCUGGCUUCCGAACCUGCCUCCUCCGAACCUGCUUCUACGCUUGCCACCAGCCCUGCGUCCAAACCUACACCUGAGCUUGCCCCCAAACCUGCAUCACCGCCACAACUAGAGACUGCAAAGGAGCAGAGACAGGCACAGCAGCAGCAAAUGGACCAGCAGCAGCAGCAGCAGCAAAAGGAAGAGAAGGAGCAGAAUCAGCUAUCUUUGGCACCUACUCAUCCAGCUGACUGUGCUGUGGAGGAAUCUUCCAGGAAGGUGGAUGCGCAGGUGGGGCAGGUGCACGAGUCCCUGCCGCCCAACACGCUGCUGCUUGUCUUGACCGGCAUGAUGGAGUGGCGGUGGAAGCGGCAGCAGUGGAGGAGCACGGGUAUGGAUCCCUGGGACGAGCGCCUGGAUGCUCUCUUGAACCGCAUGCAGGAACGGGCGUCUGCUGCUCUGUGCUUGGCCACUGUGAAGCAAUGA